CCUGUCUUCCCUUCCGUCUACUUCCGUUUGACCGUGUAAGGACCUCAACGCUUCGUUUUCGGCUGCCAAAACCUUUCCUUUCAGCAUGUCGAAAUUCAACGUGAAUGUAAAAGAGUGUAAGGGCGCUGUCGUGGUUGGCGAUCAUGCGAAAUUGACCAUCGGGGCCACCGCCGGAAUACCACAGGAACAACAUGUCCCAAAGCAAGCAACGUCAACCAGAGCUCAUACACCUUGUCAAGAGACUGGGGAUGACAUCAUUUACCAAGCCAAGUCUGGUUAUGCGCUAGUAAUUAAUAAUUACAUCUUCCCCCAGAGGACGGAUGUUGAGCGCCAUGGGUCAGGAGAAGAUGUGAAAGGUCUCAAGAGUCUCUUUGAUGAUUUUAAUUUCACUACCAGGACUCACGACAACUUGAAACAAAGUGAAAUCUUAGAAUUACUAAGAGAAACAUCAGAGAAGGACUUUGGCAGAUAUGAUUGUUUUGUUUGCAUAAUCCUUAGCCAUGGUUUUGGAGAUGGAAUCUUUGGAACAGAUGAUGUUUUAAUUAAAAUUGAAGCAAUUACUUCCUUUUUUCGCCGAGAUGAGUGCCCAUCUCUUGAAGGAAAACCAAAGAUAUUUCUGAUCCAAGCUUGCCGUGGCAAUCAACAGGAUAGGGUACCUAUCCAGAGGGACAGUGAACCUAUUCCACUUGCAAGCUCAUCUCUGCCAGCUGAUGCUGAUUUUCUGAUCUGUUUUGCCUCUGCCCCUGGCCAUCAAAGCUACAGGCAGCCAGAGCUUGGUUCCUGGUUCAUUUCAACAGUUGUUGAAAUCUUCAAAGAUUACGCAGAAAGAGAACAUCUCAUGGAUAUGAUGUUGAGAGUCAACAACCGUGUUGCCAAUUUUUUCAGCAUAACAGGCCUAAAGCAAAUUCCUUGCCAAGUCUGCAUGUUGAGAAGGAAAGUGUUUUUCAAUCCUACUUAUAAAUAAAUACUUCAUUCAUGAACUCUUUGCAAUAAAUGUCGUCAUGUGAGUGAGUUUCAGGUUGUAGGGAUUUUGAACAAACUUAUUUGGAAAGGAGGUUGUCAGAUAUUUGUAACAAGCGUGGAACAAGGAAAAAUCUGGGUUCAUCAUUUGAAUUCAAACUAUGCUCAGUACCUGCUUUGUGAUGGUAGACUAGGCAGUCCUCUUCUGUUGACUGAAAUCUUCAAGGGAAAUUGAAGAAGGUUUGAGUUAUACAGUGAAAUUUAGGAUAAAAUUUUCUUAUAUUAUAGAGUGCAAGUGAAAAUAGAACAUCUAGAAGUAGCAGCAAUUAAGCUAAGCAAGGGAGCUCUGUGAACACACAACGUAUUGUGGUUGAUUGGAUCCUGUAUGCCUAUACAUCACUAUUGAAUCACAGUUGUUUUGUGCAGCGUGAAAAGAGGACAAGGGACAGAGAACCAUUCCAUGGUUCCAUAUAAAUUAAGCAUUUUUUAUAACUACAGUACAGUUUGUUUUGACUUUCAAUGAAUUGAAAGUCAUACAAUUGUUCAAGUCAUCAGUGGAGGGUGCAGUUGCAUAAAAAAAUUACUUCAUUAAGGGAAAUGAAGACUGGUUUGAAUUAGCAGUAGUAGGUUUGAGUGACAGAAAGUAAAAAGGCAGCUCGAGUAUGAGAUGAGUCCUCAGAAAAAUUGAUUUUGCCUCAGGUUAGCUCAAAGUUGGAAUUAGCGAAGAUUCAAAUUCAAACAGAAUCAAACCUAAUCUAGUUUAAACUGUUUUGACCUUGACCUGAAACUCAUUCUAAACUUAACAACCUGAAGCCUUUACAUCAAAAUUGUAACUUAUAAGAACACUGAUGAUGCUGCCGUAGUUAGGGUUUGGAAAAUGCACCUAAGCUUUUCAAAAGCUACUGAACUGUUUUAGCUUCAAUUAUGUGUAUGAUAUUGCAGAGCUUUUCAAAUGAUGCUGAACUGUUUUAGCUACAAUUAUGUGUAUGAUAAUGUUGAGUUUUUCAAAAGCAACUGAACUGUGUUAACUACAAUUAAUGUGUAUGAUAAUGUUGAAUAAUGAAAAUCAUUAUUAUAAUUAAUAGUAAAUGUAAGUUUAGUUUAGAAAUUAUCUUUAACCCCAAAGAGUGACCGGCAUGUAAUUUCUCCUUACAAUAUCACCCCUUGAAUCAAACAUUAAGGUCAGGAGUAUAAAGGAGAUGAUUACCAACUUAACAAGCUGAUGAUGCAGGGGUGGAUCCAGGAAUUUCUGAAAGGGGGGUACACCAUCGAAGUAAUCUUCAAUGCCAGUGGUGUUUAAGGCAAGUGAGGCCCUGUGCCUCUGGCGAGAUCUCUUAAUUAAAGGGGUGCAGUGCAAGUGAAACAACUUGGUAAAAGAAAGGAAUUUCUUUUAUUAUUUAGGAAGAAUCAAACAAAAUAACAAGAAACAAAUGCUGUCCAAGGGGGGGGGGGGUGGGUUGCAACCCCCUCAACCCCUUCCCUGGAUCUACCUAUGUGAUGGUAGUGUUUUGAUGUACCCAGUACCAUCUAUAUCCCAGAACUGAAAAACUGGUAGGAACAUAUGACAGACAGUGAAAAGAAUUGAAACCAGUCAGGAAAGCAAGACUGGGAGGGUCAAAGAACAAGUUAUUAGCAAACACUGUUACUUCAACAUUGAAGAUGAUUGAUUGUUAAUUCUCCCCUCUAGCUAUUACACAUUUCCCUGUAAAUUGGUUACAAGAAUUUUGUGUCAGAUCAAGAUAACUUUUACAUAUUAGGUUUGAGUAUUCUCACUACCUGUUUUUCAUAUAGAUUUAAUAGCAAGAAGUUAUAUGUCAAUCACCUCUGUAAGGGGAAGCACUGAUACAAAUCCAGAGAACGUUUGAACCAAAAGUAGAGACUUUUGUCUGGAUCAUUUAAUGCAUUGUCUUAACAUCAGACAUAGGGAAUAGAUUAUCAAUAAUAUCAAUAAUCUUGAAUGUUGUCCAGUAGUUACAUUUGUAUGUAUUUCCAUAAUAAUAUGUGGGUUCAAGUUAGCCCUGCACAUGUAACAAUCUCUUAGAAAUGCUAUGUUAAAAUUGAAAUUAAAAUUUUGACCUUGCAUGGCCUCA